CAUGGGGGGCAGCCGAAAACACGUGGGGCGUUCUGGUAAACGCAAAAGACAGCAAGGUCAUCAGAAACUGUUCACUAAAACACAGAAAAAGCAUUUGAAAGAGUUUGGAGAAACCCAUCCUGCUGAUGAAAGGGACAAUGUCAGAAAAUACCAGAAGGUGGAAGAUUUGCCUGAAGGAGAAAGUGAGGCCGAGUCAGAGAGUUCCAGUGAAUCUGAAGAGGAGACAGAUUACCAAAAGCUGGUGGCCACAAUAUCACGGACAAACUCAUCUCACAAUGAGAGAACAACUUCAGAGGAGUCUGCUGAUGAGAGUGACUCAGGGUCUGACGACAGCGAUAAUCACAAUGUGAAAGAUGACUCAGACAUGGAGCAGAUUCCAGGAGAUGACGAUAAGGAGUUGUCUAAUGAUGAUAACACAAUGGAAGGUGAUAAAGGAGAUGAAGAAGAGGAGGAUGAUAAUACUGAUGGAAAUGCUCAGGAAUUGUGUUUGAAGGAAUCAGACCCUUUUACCAAACACUUUGAGUUUGAUCUGCCAGACAAAUUUGCUGAGGAGCUUUCCACAACCAAAAUUUGGAACAAAGAGAAUGUGAAGAUCCCACAUUUAGGAAAAGCUCUCUGUUCCUGGCCAAGUGAUGACUUUCGACAAACUGUGGAGAAAGCUGAGAAAGACUUAAAGAGACUUCAUGUUAAGCACAAGUUAUGUCAACAAUUGUUGGGUUGUAAUCAGAAGUGGUGCACAGUUACUCCCCCUUUAGGAGAGCCUCUUACAAGCCAACAGUUAGAACUGUUCAAGAUCAUUAAUACUUACCAGGAUUUAUAUUUCCCGGAGAGAAGUGUUCAGAAUGGGGAACAGAUCCGCCUGGUCUAUUGUCUUCAUGCGCUGAACCAUGUGCUUAAGACAAGAGGUCGCAUUGUGGCUCACAACACCAAGAUCAAGACCAAAUCCACCCCUGUCCCAGACAACGUUGACUGCAGAGACCAAGGUUUAACAAGGCCUAAAGUCCUUAUUGUGCUACCUUUUCGAGACUCUGCCCUGAAAGUUGUCAACAUGUUUACUGACCUUCUGAUGCCAAAGGAUCAGACAUUUGUCAGCAACAAGAAGAGGUUUCAGUCAGAAUACAGUGAGAGUGGAGAAUCCAACAAGAAAGGCCUCAAACCAGAGGACUACGAAGCCACCUUUACGGGCAACAUAGAUGACCACUUUAGGAUAGGCCUGGGUGUUGCUAAGAAGACCCUCAAGCUUUACACAGACUUCUAUAGCUCUGACAUUAUCCUGGCCUCUCCCCUGGGGCUGAGGACAAUGAUUGGGGGAGAUGGUGAGAAGGUGGAAUGUGACUUCCUGUCUUCCAUAGAACUGCUCAUACUUGACCAGGCAGAUGUUUUCCUCAUGCAAAAUUGGGACCAUAUACUGUUUCUGAUGGAACAUAUGCACCUGCAGCCAAAGGAAAGCCAUGGUGUGGAUUUCUCUCGUGUCAGAAUGUGGACUCUGAAUGGAUGGGCCAAGUUUUAUAGGCAGACUUUGGUAUUCAGCAGUUUGGUGUGUCCUGAAUUGAACUCCAUUGUGAACAAAAACUGUCAAAAUUUUGGGGGGAAGGUUUGUGUUUCCAAGUCCAGCAUCACAGGAACAAUAUGCCAGAUCAUUGUUCAGCUGCCUCAGGUUUUUCAGAGAAUCGACUGCUCAAGGUUUACAGAUUUGCCAGAUGCAAGGUUUAAAUUCUUUUUAAAGAAGGUUUUGCCUCACCAUAAAGACCCAGUCAUGUCCCAAACACUCGUCUUCAUUCCAUCCUACUUUGAUUAUGUUCGUGUGAGGAAUUACUUUGUCAAGGAGGAUGUAGAUUUUGUCAGCAUAUGCGAGUACUCCAACAACAAGGUGAUCUCCAAGUCCAGAAAUACUUUCUUCCAUGGAAAAACUCACUUCAUGCUGUACACGGAAAGAAUUCACUUCUACAGAAGAUUCAAAUUACGAGGAAUAAAGCACAUGAUCUUUUACGCCCUGCCCCAGUAUGCCCAUUUCUACAGUGAGAUGUGCAACAUGAUGAGGGACCCCAGCAUGAAGGUUGAGAUUGACAAUCUCAGUUGUACCAUUCUGUACUCUAAGUACGAGGCGCAGAAACUAGCUGCAGUCGUGGGAGCAGAGAGAGCUUCACAUAUGCUGAAUACAGAGAAAGCUGUGCAUAUGUUUGUCACUGGAGACAACAGCUAACCCAGGCUCUACAGUUUAAAACAAUUAAAAAUGGAUCCCAACCAGAUGUUCAGGUUUUUUUACUUUGCUUCAUACAGGCGAGGUAUUGUGAGAGCGGGGAAUGUUGCGGUGGUUUGGUGUCGUCGGUGUCGAGUUAGGCUUUUUUUUUUUUCAGUUCCUGUAUAAUGGGCUGUCAUACAUGGACUGAAGGUUAAGCGUCUUCUUUUUGCUCCUGUACAUGUAUAAUGGUAUCUCAUUCAUUGAUUGAAGGUUAAGCUUUUUUGUUCAGCUCCCUAGUCUAAUGUAUGGUGUGUAAAUUGACAUACUUUAAAGCUUUUUUUUUAGCUCUUGUGUAUUUUGUUAUGACAAGCUCUUGUAUGAUAAGUUAAGCUUUUUUUGUUAGCUUCUGUAUAAUGGCAAUCAUACAUGGAUCUCCAACAUACAGCGAUAGAAAGUUAUGUUUUGUUUGUUUAUUUUUUCAUAUUUAUUUUCAACGGUGUAUAUCUACAGACGGCCAACUGAUGGAAGGUUGAAUUUUUCUAUUGGUUUUAGUUUUACAGGCUUCAUGAAUGUUUUUUAAUGAUUUUAAUUGAUAGACUUUCAAUUCAAAAAUUUACCAGUUAUAUAAACUUUUUGUUUUCUGUAGUAAACACAUUCUCUAGAAAUUAAGCCUCCAUGCUGAGCAACAAUUUCUUGUAUACAGGGUUUCUGUGACUUUUUUGCUGAUGAGGUUUAUGGACUUUGCCAGAUUUACCAUUUUUGUAAUCAAGAGAAGUUUCACGUAGGGCGACAAUUUUUAUGCACAUGCCUACUUACGUGUAGGAGAACAAGAAAUGUAUUGGGUUCCUCUGGCGAUUUUACCAUUUUCCAUCCAGGUUGACUUCAUUCUGUUCUGUAAACACGGAUUUCUACACACCUUUCUUGUAGGGCUACAGUUUCUUAUGUAUUUGUGGAGUGUAAGAAUUAGCCUUGGUGUUUGCCAAUUUAUCUGGUAUACACAGUAUCUGUAGAAAGCUUUCCACAUUUGUAUUAGUACUAGGAGCCUAUGACACUAGCCAAUGCAUGUGCCUUCCUAUACUGUGACGGAAUGUUUAAAUCAUCCUCGCUGACAGUGACUGUUUUCAGCUGAGUAUUUGUUCAGCCAAUCAGAGGGCUACAGUGGCCACCCAUAGUACACGGAUAGCCAAUCAUGUGAAGUGAUUUGCAUAUCAAAGACCACUCCAGCGAAUUGGUACUCAAACACCCUAUAAUGAAGUUUUUUCUGCUACCAUAGCUCAACAUUUACUAAAGAUCUCUGCCUCAAUUUUGUGCACGAUCUCCCCACGAAGAUGUCUUUACCACCACAACUCUUUACAACUUUUAUCUUUAUUCUGAUUCCAUUAUCUAGUUGACAAGCUAUAAUAUCAGGCGAGCUGGUGGGAUUUUCUGAAUAUCUUGUUAAGUGAUUCUAGGAAAAGUGUCUAGCCAAAUCAACAAACUGAUGUGGAUAGUAGUGUAUAUGUGUACAUAAAAUCAUGGUUAGACUACAUGGAAGUCAAGCCUUGUACAAACUAUGUAUAUGGCAUUUGUAGACUUACAGUUGUACAGUAUUAAAUAAUGUGAAUAAACUUGUGAG